AUGGAAAAUUCAACUCAAACGUUAGUCCAAGAUCGUGCAAAACUAAAAAAUAAUCAACCCAGAAGCAGACCAAUUUUAGCUUCGAAUCGAUUUUCUGAGACAAAGAAACUUGAUUUUUCCACAUGGGUUUCGGAAAAUGUGUACAAAAUAAUAACAAUCUUUCUACUUAUCACCGCCGUGGCGGCCCUUUUCUUCCUCCGCAAUUAUGGGGUUGCCGGCGGCGAUACGGCCGCUCUUCUCUGCCUCCAGUCUACUCAGUCUCAGUCGAUUCACCCCAAGUUCCCAGUUAUCAAUUGGAAUUCAAUUCCGCGCAUUGUUGAUAAAAUUACUCCCUAUGCGAAUUUCCGAUCGGAGAAAUGGAUUGUUGUAUCUGUCUCGGAUCAACCCUCUUAUUCACUUCGAAAAAUGAUUACUAUUAAAGGUUGGCAAGUGCUUGCGGUGGGAAAUUCCAAAACCCCAAAAGACUGGGGUCUCAAAGGUGCUAUUUAUUUAUCUUUAGAAAUUCAAGCUCAAUUGGGAUUCAGAGUGGUUGAUCACUUGCCAUAUGAUUCAUCUGUGAGAAAAAGUGUUGGAUAUUUAUUUGCCAUACAACACGGUGCAAAAAAAAUUUAUGAUGUUGAUGAUCGAGGAGAUGUGAUCGAUAAUGAUAUUGGGAAGCAUUUUGAUGUUGAACUGAUUGGUGAAGGUGCUAGGCAAGAAGUUAUUUUGCAGUAUAGUCAUGAGAAUCCUAACAGGACUGUUGUGAACCCUUAUAUACAUUUUGGGCAGCGGUCUGUGUGGCCGCGGGGGUUGCCCUUAGAAAAUGUAGGUGAGAUUGGGCACGAGGAGUUUUACACUGAGGUUUUCGGUGGGAGACAGUUUAUACAACAAGGGAUUUCAAAUGGGCUACCGGAUGUGGAUUUAGUUUUUUACUUUACUCGGAAGCCAGUUUUGGAAGCAUUUGAUAUUAGGUUCGAUGAGCGUGCCCCAAAAGUGGCAUUGCCACAGGGUACAAUGGUGCCUGUUAAUUCAUUCAAUACUAUUUUUCAUUCAUCUGCUUUCUGGGGUUUGAUGCUUCCGGUUUCGGUUAGUUCAAUGGCUUCUGAUGUGUUGAGAGGGUAUUGGGCACAAAGGCUUCUGUGGGAAAUCGGUGGGUAUGUUGUGGUAUAUCCUCCUACCGCUCAUCGGAAUGAUAGGAUUGAAGCAUAUCCUUUCUCAGAAGAGAAAGAUCUUCACGUGAAUGUAGGCCGGUUAAUCAAAUUCUUGGUGGGAUGGAGAUCGGAUAAGCACAGGUUGUUUGAGAAAAUUCUUGAACUAAGUUAUGUGAUGGCCGAAGAAGGGUUUUGGACGGAAAAAGAUGUGCAGUUUACUGCCGCUUGGCUUCAAGAUUUGCUUGCUGUUGGUUACCAGCAGCCGCGACUGAUGUCUCUUGAGUUGGAUAGGCCAAGAGCAAGUAUUGGUCAUGGAGAUAGGAAGGAGUUUAUCCCCUUGAAACUACCAUCUGUGCAUCUUGGUGUAGAGGAAAUUGGCACAGUGAAUUAUGAAAUUGCGAAUUUGAUACACUGGAGGAAGCAUUUCGGGAAUGUUGUGCUUAUAAUGUUCUGCAGUGGACCGGUCGAACGAACUGCUUUGGAGUGGAGAUUGCUAUAUGGCAGGAUAUUUAAGACAGUUAUCAUACUCUCAGGGCAGAAAAAUGUAGAUCUUGCUGUGGAAGAAGGCCAGUUGGACCAUGCUUACAAGUAUCUGCCAAAAUUAUUUGAUAGAUAUACCAGUGCAGAAGGAUUUUUAUUUCUUCAGGAUGAUACUAUUCUUAAUUACUGGAACUUGUUGCAAGCGGAUAAGACUAAGCUCUGGAUCACAAACAAGGUAUCCGAUUCUUGGACCAGCGUUUCAAUUGCUGGAAAAUCCGAUUGGUUUGUAAAGCAAGCGGACAUGGUGAAAAAAGUAGUUGCCACAAUGCCAGUUCACCUUCAGGUCAAUUACAAAGAAACUGUAAAAGAUCACACAAGUCUCACAAUAUGCAAUUCGGAGGUAUUCUACGUUCCUCGCCGUUUUGUAGCCGACUUUAUCAAUCUUGUUAAUCUAGUUGGAGAUCUAGAUAUCCAUCACAAGGUUGCGAUGCCGAUGUUCUUUCCAGCACUCGACUUACCUCAGAAUUUCGACCCGGUGUUUAGGUCCAUGGUAUAUAAGCAAAAUAUACCAAGCAACUCUACAUCAUUUUAUUCUGCUGAAGUGCCGGCUGUUCACCCUUGGAAUGUGUUGAGCGAGCAAGAUUUUAUUAAGCUAAUAAGAAUCAUGGCAGCAGCGACCCCAAUCUCUUUCUCGCUCACAUUUGCCAGCUCUGCAGACCUUCUUUUCUCCCUUCGAACCUUUUGCUUUCUCGCUCUAAAAACACCUCAACUCUUAACCUAUCAUCGUAUUUUUCAAGAAAGAGAGAAUUUGAAGAGAUCUCUCAAAGUUAAUUCUGGUGGAAUAUAG